GGCCGCCGCGGAAAGGCGGAGCAGCCUGAGCAGCCGCGCCAGAACCUCGGGCUCGGAUGCGGGCGGAGCGCGGGGGGCCGAGGCGGCCGGUGUGUGGAGAGAGGGCCCCCGCGGGCCUGACGUGAAAGCAGCGAGAGCAGCUGCCGCCGCCGCUGCCUCCGGACCCGGGGGGGCGUGUGAGGGAAGCCGCCACCAGCACCAGGUAACGGAGCCGCAGCGUCCCUGCCGCCCCCAGCCCCCUCCCCCUAGGGGGAGAGGGUCCUGCCAAUUUAGGGCUGGGGGAGGGGAGCACAGGGCACCCCGCGGGGCAGACCCCGCUUAAGACCUGGAGGAGGGGGAGGGGUCGCUUCUGUCCGCCCCUCCCCCCUUCUCGGUGAUCCCCUGCAAACAAGUCCACCUGGUGCUCAGCGGGGCGGGUGGCUGUGACCCCGCCCGAGCUUGAACGCCCGCUCGGCCGCACCCCUGCACUCUAGUCCUGAUUGUUGUUAUUGCUUUGGCGGGUGACUCCCGUCCGAUGUUUGGAAGUGGGACGGGAGAAGUAAUUAGCGGCGCGGAACUGGGCGUCCGGGUGAGGCGCGCUGGGGAGGUCCCCUGAAUGCGGAGUUUGGAAUGAGUGGCAUUAAAGAUGUCAACACAGACUGCUCUGGGAAGCCUACGCAAGCACGUCAGCAGACCUAUUUAAUUUAAAAAAAAAAAAAGGAGAAAAGAUCUAUUGGACUCCUUAAUCUACGUUUUUCUUCAUGGAAAGAUCAAUGCUCUCUGAGAAAGAAGCAUCAGGAUACUUUGAGGAGGAAGAAUAAUCUGCUUGUCCUCCAAGGGAUGAUGAUGUGAAUCUACAGGAUGAAACGAGGUGGGAAAGAGAGUGAGAUGACCAAAAUUUCUUCAGAGGAGGACACUAGAGAAAAAUCCAAGAAACAGAGGACUACCAAUGAGAAUUCUCAAACAUGUGAUUGGGGUAAUCUCCUUCAGGACAUCAUUCUACAGAUAUUUAAAUACUUGCCCCUUCUUGAUCGGGCUCAUGCAUCACAAGUUUGUCGAAACUGGAAUCAGGUAUUUCACAUGCCUGACUUGUGGAGGUGUUUUGAGUUCGAACUUAACCAACCAGCUACAUCUUAUUUGAAAGCUACACAUCCAGAGCUGAUAAAGCAGAUUAUUAAAAAACAUUCAAACCAUCUACAGUAUGUCAGUUUCAAGGUGGACAGCAGCAAAGAAUCAGCUGAAGCAGCUUGUGAUAUUUUAUCUCAACUUGUAAAUUGUUCUUUAAAAACACUUGGACUUAUUUCUACUGCUCGACCAAGCUUUAUGGAUUUACCAAAGUCUCAUUUUAUCUCUGCACUGACCGUUGUGUUUGUAAACUCCAAAUCACUGUCGUCACUUAAGAUUGAUGAUACACCUGUAGAUGAUCCAUCCCUCAAGGUACUAGUGGCUAACAACAGUGAUACACUCAAAUUGUUAAAAAUGAGCAGUUGUCCUCAUGUCUCUCCAGCAGGUAUCCUUUGUGUGGCUGACCAAUGCCAUGGCUUACGUGAACUGGCCUUGAACUACCAUCUCUUAAGCGAUGAGCUGCUUCUCGCUUUGUCUUCUGAGAAACAUGUCAGAUUAGAACACUUGCGCAUUGAUGUAGUCAGUGAAAAUCCAGGACAGACACACUUCCAUACAAUUCAGAAGAGCAGCUGGGAUGCUUUUAUCAAACAUUCACCUAAAGUAAAUUUAGUGAUGUAUUUUUUUUUGUAUGAAGAAGAAUUUGACCCAUUCUUCCGUUAUGAAAUUCCUGCCACCCAUCUUUACUUUGGCAGAUCAGUAAGUAAAGAUGUGCUUGGCCGUGUUGGAAUGACAUGCCCUCGUUUAGUUGAAUUAGUAGUGUGUGCUAAUGGAUUACGACCACUGGACGAGGAAUUAAUUCGCAUUGCAGAACGUUGCAAAAAUUUGUCAGCUAUUGGACUAGGUGAAUGUGAAGUCUCUUGCAGUGCCUUUGUUGAGUUUGUGAAGAUGUGUGGUGGCCGUCUGUCUCAACUAUCAAUUAUGGAAGAAGUAUUAAUUCCUGACCAGAAGUAUAGUUUGGAGCAAAUUCACUGGGAAGUAUCAAAGCAUCUUGGUAGAGUUUGGUUUCCAGAUAUGAUGCCCACUUGGUAAAGACCUUCUGCCAAAGGGCAACUUUAAUAGCACCUUAAAUUUAAGCAUACUAUAUUGUAAAAAAGGAAAAAAAAAAGCUUAUUUAAUGUAGUUUUAAUACAAUUAUAUGACCUUGUGGCAUAGAAAUUUGAUAUUUAUAGACAGUGACUCAUAAACAGGCUUAAAUAUUGAUUGUAAUGUGGAAAACCCACAGGCCAGGUUUGGUCAGAAAAAUCUGUUUCUUUAGCCCAGUAGUAAUCAGAUGUCAGUAGAAAAAUUGGUAGUGGUUCAAAACGAAUAAUUCACAGUUGUAAGGUUAAGCAUGUUGAAUUUUAAAAACCGUCUAAUACAGAUUAUGAAAUCCAAGAAGUAAACAAGUAGUAAUAGAUUUUCACAAAAAAUGUUUUGUUCUCUAUGCAGUUUUUUAAAAUGCAAAAUUGACAUUUUUAGGGUCUUCAGUCAUACACCUGUUAUAAGGUGUUAAAUAUAGCUCAGGAAGAUAAGUUUUAUGAGAGAUGAUUAUAGAUAUAUUUUGCUCAUGAAGAUGGCCAAAUUUUUGCAGUUUUUACACAGCCCAGUUUUUUCUUACUCUACAUGUUUUUGGUUUUUUUUAAAUAUAUGUACACUUAUUAGGUAAAUGGUAAACUUAACAAUUUGUGGCUGUUGUAUAAGAACACAAAUUAGAGCCUAGAUCAAACUACCAGAGGGCAAAUGCACAGGGAGUUUAAGGGAAAGCAUUUGAAUACAUUUUGAAAAUUGCUUUGUAAUCUAUUAACCUUAUACGGUCUAUUCUGUAAUAUGUUACUCUAUAAAUUGCACUUGAGGCACUGUAUGUGAAGUAAGGAAUAUUGAACCAAUUUUCAAUGGUUUUUGUACAUUGUUUAAAUUAGUUUUGAGGUUAUAAUGUAGUAACAUUAAUAAUGGCAAACUAUUUAAAAAGCCAAAUCAAAAUUAUAAUUAAAAGUAAACUAAGUGUUCAUAAAUCACAUGAAAGAUUAUCAGAUUGUAGUGAGUUUUAAAUGGUGGCUUAUUUUUCUUUUAAGGAUUGUACAGUAAAGUUGUAUAAGAUAUUUGGUUUUUAUUAAUCAUACAUGAAGCUCCAAAUGUAUAUUUUUAGGCCGAGCUACAUGAUAAAAAGGCAUAUUUAAGUUUAUAAUUAUAUUUUUUGAGUGAACAUUGCUAAGUGGAUAGAACAAUAUUUUAACAGAAAAAGUUAUAGUUGGUUCUUAUGAUUAGCAAUCACACUAUUUUAAAUAUUUUCUAAAUGAUUUCCCCCAUACACACACACUUUAAAGUUGUCAUUUUAAGUUGUCUUCACCUAUACCAAGGUAGUGGUGUAUUGUAUAGUCUGUAAAAAUAUUAAGUUUUAUCUUCAAACAUCCUGAAUUUCCUAGACUUUAUAUAAAACUUUGGUUCUGGGGACUAAUGCUAAAUAUUUUCCUUUUGGGAGAAACUAGAAGGGCACGAACCAUCCAUUUUUAAGUAAUUUAUUCCUGACAGUAUAAAUUGAUGCUUGAAAUUAUUUUUAUCAGUGUUUCAGAAACAGUUAGUCUCAGUUAGCAAUUGGGAAUUCCAACUGCUUACAAGUUUUAUCUUUUUCAAAAUAGAAUUCCAUAUUGAAUUGCAGUUUUAUAGUCUUCUAAAUAAUUUGGAUUUGCCUUGGGAUUUUGAAUGAGAGCUUAAUCUUCAGCCAUGCAUAAAUAAGCAGAAACAAUAUAAUAGCCCAAUUUUUAAAAUGAAUAACAAGUGAACUCUAGUGGUUAUUUUGUGUGUGCACACACACCCCUUCAUAAGCUUGACUUUCAACAGAAAUGAGUGUUAAGUAUUUGGGGUAUUUUAAUACAGGCAUAGAUCUCCUUCAACAUCUUUAGUAAAUGGAUUUGAAAGAACAUAAAUUCUAAUAACCAAAGCUUUAUUUGGGAGUUUACAUUUUGUACAAGAUGAUUUGUAUAAUGUUUGAAAUAUUUAAUUUCAAUUUAUAAAAAUGUCCACAACACAAGAUUAAUUUUUACUUAUCAUUUAUAUGCUCAACACUUCUAUCAAUUUGAGAAUAAAUAUAGUUUUAAAUUCUGGAGUAUUACAAUAAUCAAAUAGCUUAUAAGGUUUUAAAUUAUUUUCUGACUUUAAAACUCAAGAUAGAGACUCAUUUUUAAUAAUGGUUGGAGAAGUUGUAUUUGACGUUUUUUCAGUUUAAUAUGAACAUAAAAUUUUGUUUAGGAAUAAGUCCUUAUUUUGGGAAAGAAGCUUAUUUAUUCAAGAUUGAUACCCACAGAUAUAUGGAAAACACUGGUAAAGAUUAGCACUGAAUGUAGAGAAAAUGAAUGAUAUAUAAAAUGAGUAAGGGAGACCUUUAAGAGGUUAAUUUUGCCUAUCUCAUCUUGCAAGUUCCUAAGUUUGACAUUUUAAGCUUGCUAGUUGCAUCUCCAGUCAUAAAGACUUCUAGUAUACAUAUGAUUAUAAUUUAAAAAAAAAUUACACAAUCUGCAUUUACUUUCUUUUUGGAGGUUAUUGGGAAACUAGAGAAUAAUCUGAUCUGUGACAAGAGUUUUUAUGUAUUGAGCAUAGAACAUUACUAAAAACCAUUCCUCAAAUAAUAAACCAUUAACUUUUCUUACCAA